AUGAAGUCUUUCUCAAUUCUUGCAGGCCUUGUUGGUCUGGCUUCCGCCUCAAACUGGAACGAGACCUGGACUACCUCUUCGUCUGCUUCCUCGUCUUCAUCUUCCUCGGUCAUCAAGCCUACCGGCUGGAGUUCCGAGUCGAGCUCUUCUGUCUCCAUCAAGCCUACCGGCUGGACUCCAGAGCACAGCUCUUGGGCUCCUUCUUCUUCGGCUGAGCCUAACGCUACCUCCACCCUAAUUACAUAUGUUACGACAACCGUAUGUCCUGCGACUACAAUUGUCAAUGGACACACGAGCAUUUAUACCACUACGAGCACAUUGACAGUUACCUCGUGCAAGGGUGGCUGCCACAAGCCCACCGAGGCCCCUUCUUCGAGCUGGGUUCCUUCCUCUACCAAGCCUGCUGAGAAUGCCACCUCGACAGAGACUGUGUACUACACCAGCACUUCAUUGUGCCCAAUUACCACCAUCAAGCAAGGUCAGACGUUCACGUACACCUCGACCAGCCUCAUCGUUGUUACCAGCUGCAAGGGAGGCUGCCAGAAGCCUACAUCUGCUCCUGAAACAACCAAAACAGAGGAGGUCUAUGAGACUACCACUGUUUGCCCCACAGUCCUCACCACUGUUAGCGCCGGAAAGACGCUCACACAAACAACCACAUUGACCUCAGUUUUGACAUUGACUUCAUGCAAGGGAGGCUGCUCUAAGACUCAGCAGCCCUCGCAGAGCACUCCUGUUGCUCCUUACCCAAUCUGGAACGCAACCACUCAAGGCCAUGCUGGUCCUUCUGGUAUCGUCCCCUCUGGAUGGGUCCCCGUUCCUGUUCCCUCUGAGAAGACCAAGACUGAGACCGAUGUUGUGAAGACAACAGUCACUACCUGCUCUUCUGGAGAAGUCAUCUCGACUGGUGGAUCGAAGACCACUUUGACUACCCCUUCGGUUAUCACAAGCAUCUACACCAGCUACGCCACCCUCACUGCUUCUACCCAAGGCCAUGUCGUGCCUACUGUCCCUGUUUCCAGCGGCGAGGCCAAGCCCAGCACGAUUACCAAGUACAGCACUACUGAGCUCACCAUUUCUUGCAAGGAGUGCGCCUCGGGCAGCCAGGUCGUCACCAGCUCUUACCCAGUCGUCGUCGUUUCGACACCUGCUUCUUCUCCUGUAUCGCCUGUCACGAACUCGGCCCCUGGCUCUUCCGGCAAGGUUACCGUUGUCGUGCCAGUCACGGAAUACACCACCACCUGCCCAUACACCACUACUGAUUCGCACGGCUCGACUUCAAUCUUCAUGACAACCUCAAUUGUCAGCCACCCCGCUGAGAGCACUAUGGUUCCUUCUGCACCAGCUGAGUCUCAGCCUGCAUCUUCGCCUGUUGCUCAAUCAAGCCCCGUCGAGUCUCACAGCAGCAAGCCCGUCGAGUCCCAGCCCGCCUCUUCGCCUGUUGCUUCCGUCCAAUCGAGCCCCGUUGAGUCUGCACCUAUUCAAAGCAGCAAGCCCGCAUCAUCACCCGUUGCCCCGGUCGAAUCUGCCCCUGCUACCACUCCCGCUGCCAGCUCGUCUGCCAAGCCCACUGGCAACGUUGUCACUCAGAUCAGCGAUGGUCAGAUCCAGGCUCCUGGCCCUUCAUCUGCUCCCGUUGCCCCUGCAAGCUCCGGUCCUGCUGCCUCUUCCGUCCACUCUAUCCUCAGCAGUUCCGUCCAGAUCAACGCUCCUAGCAGCACCAGCGGCUCUGUCGCAUCUGCUACUGUCUCGACACCCGCUCAAUACACCGGUGCCGCCAGCAAGACCAACGCUAGCUUCAUGGCUGCUGUUGCCGCUAUGGCUGCUAUCUUCUUCUUCUAG